AUGCUUCUCACAGUCUCCCCCAACUGGUACAGGUUCUACAACAACCUCAUCAGUGAGUCUUUCCACAUGAUGGUCAGGUCAGACAGAGUCAUCAGCACACUUGACAUCCUCAAGCCUGGUGGCGACAAGUACUUCAAGUCACACAAGGGAUGGAGCCCUAACACAUACAAGGGCAAGGGCUUUCUCUGCAUCCACUCUGUCACACAGCCUUCCAUAUUUGACUGGUUGGAUCACAACAACAACACCAUCCCACCAGAGGUCAAGGCUGGCCUGGCCAGCAGCACUCCCUCUGUUGUUGGUCACCAUGGUGUGCUGAGGGAGCAGCAGGUGCACUACAACAAGGACAUCAUCCAAGCAGUUAUCAACACCAGCUUCUACACACCCAUACACAACCAGAAGGUCACCCAGGGCAGCAGCAAGACAAAGGAGGCCAACACAUCACCACUCAAGACCCAAGGCUGCACUCUCAGUUAG